AUGGAUACAGAUUAUCAACUCGAUGGUAGUUGCAGUGCAUGGCCGUAUGGUAUCCCGGUCAUGGCUUCUCAAUCGCCCUGUAGGCGGCCACGCACACGCAAGUCUCGCGGCCGCGGGUUGCGGACUAAGAAUGGCUGCAUAACAUGUCGUAAGCGACAUCUGAAGUGCGAUGAAGUCAAGCCGAUAUGUGGUCCUUGCGUCAAAAAGGACAAGACCUGUGAAUAUCCCGCAUCAGGCCGUCGCAAUAAUGACAGCUCAGCCUCCGACCGGACCAUUGCCGCUGCUGUUCCGGUGUCAGAUCAAGAUCCAACAGCAUCUCCGAAACAAGCCAGCGCUCAUGUAUUGCAUGACGUCUCCACAGAAAUAACAUCCUACGAACGACAUGAGCCACCUGUUCUGGCGUGGAGCUGCUCAGAUGCAGAGACCAAUCCUCCUUCGUUAGCGGUCCUGAAUCACCUAACAGGGGGCGACUUGCCUUCCGGUCAGAGCCCCAUCGCCUUUCAACAUAACUAUCCCUCUCCCUCGAACGCGUCUUUCGCCGCAGUGAGAUGGUUUGGGCUCUUGGCGAGUGAUGCUGCAAGGGACAGCCCGCAGCUGCCCUCUGUGAAUAACUCUGGCACUCACAACCAGCCUGUCAAUCACCUGGAAAUCGAUGGUCUGAGCCAGCCCUAUUCGCUGCAAUAUGCGACACAGGUGCUUGAUAGUACCCUUGACUCCAGCGCGAGCAAUGGCCUAACAGGUCCCCAAGAUGGUAGCGCGGUAGAGGAGGAAAUAAUCUGGCAGUCACGGGAGGCAAUUGAGCUCCUGCCUAACGAACAUGUCUUGUUCGAAUACUUUAUAAAUCAACUCGAUCUCUUCGAUCCUACCAGUCAGUUUUCCACAUUGGUCGCGCACUUGGCCAUACAUAAUGCUGGACUCAUGAAUGCCAUUCUCGCCCUCGCAUUCCGGCACCUAGCACUGAAUCCUCGCCUGGAUCAAGUAAACAUGCCGAACAAAGAAGCUGCGGCUCUACAAUACUACUACCAAACACUGCACUAUGUCCAACGAGCCAUGCAAUUCUCCAGCUACAAGACUAGCCUAGAACUCCUUGCAACAGCACUGAUCAUCUCCGCCUACGAAAUGCUCGACAACUCCACCAACGACUGGGAACGGCACCUCGAAGGCGUCUUCCUCAUACAAAGGUCCCAGACAAUCCACGGCGAGUCUGGCGGCCUACACUCCGCUGUAUGGUGGGCCUGGCUCUGCCAGGACAUCUGGGCUGCAUUCCGCGAAAAACGGAAAACAUUGACAUUUUGGGUUCCGCAGAAACCCCUCUCUGCGCUGUUGCCGCACGAGCUUGCUAUGCGUGCUAUUUAUAUUACUGCAAAGGUGAUUAGUUAUUGCGCAGAGACCACGACCGAGGAGAACAGACAACGUCGAGCUGACGAUGCUAACCGGCUUCGUGCCAUGCUUGAGAAUUGGCGACAGCACCGAACCGUGGAGUUCUCGCCCCUACCACUAGGUGCAAGCGAGUAUUCGUCGUACUUUCGGCCGCUUUGGAUUCGUCCUGCUGCUUUUGGACUGGCAGUUCAGUUCUUCAGCGCGUCGUGUUUACUUCUAUUGGCACAUGAGCCCAGCAUGGGAGGACUGGACCAGUACCUUGAACGCCAAAGCGCCAUCAAGUACUAUGUGGAGGAUAUUUGUGGGAUUGCUGUGACCUUAAAAGAUAAUGCGUCUAGCUUGAUGUCAUCUCAGGCUGUAUUUAUCGGAAUCUUUACUCAGGAGAAGCGUGCUCGGGACGAUAUCCUCGAGCUGCUAGAAUCUUGUCGAGCAAGAACUGGCUGGCCGGUUAGAUCAUUGGGAGUGGAGCUACAGGGGCUUUGGGAAAGCCAGGAUGCUAAAGCCGCUGCUGGUGGGAAACAGUUUAUCCGGGCCGGUGCAGCCUCAUAA